AUGGCUCUGGUUGCAGACCCUACACUCGAAGUGAUGCCAGACUUCGCCGGUGUUUUAUACAACAGCAUCCGUGAAGACCUCGCCGCCGCAACAAACCAGACCAAAGAACAAGUCGCAGCACGACUAGAAAGAGCAUGGAGAGAUGGGAACAAUGUGAGAGUAGCCGAAUGGAACCAACACCACGAUGAAGAAGCCCAAGCAGCAGCAGACGCAGAAAGAGCACGAGCUGCACAGGAGGAAGCGGAACGUAUGCAACACGAGACCGAAGCAGAGAAGGAACGUUUGGAAGCAGAGAAGAAGAAGCCAAAAAUGAAUGGAUUCGACGAAGCAUCAUCCGUAGGAGACUUCCUGAAUCCUCAUCCCAUGCAAUACGCGAUACAGAAGCUCACUAAUUUCGAGUACAUAGAACUAUGGUACUUCUCCCCAGAUGGAUGCAAAGAUGCCCUCAGGUCCUCACGCUCCAUAGCCGAGAAUGACCUGAGCAUCGUGAGGGUAGACGACCAGCUUGCUCUGCGACCAUCCUCGGCUUUCAAAGCAUCCAAAGCUGUGAUCGCAGACCAUGAGCUACCUUUCUCAAUUUUCCUAUGGGCGAAGAACUUAUUUCUAGUCCAAAUCAGCAAAGCAAAGUGGCCCCAGUCACACAUCGAUGCGCUCUCACUGUUCUUUUGGCACCUCGAGAACCACUCAAUUUGGAACAACAGCGACAUCGGAGAUUUAGUCAUACUAACAUACACAUCGCGAGUACGCCAAGACUGGCACGAUCGCCUCAAGUGGGACGAAGGUUUCAACAUAGGCAACAUCAAUGAAAACCUGCUUCGAACCAUCAAUGAGGAACUGUGGGACAAGGUCCGCUCUCGAACCUGGAACAACGUACGUACUCAAUUCCAAACCCACAACGAACACAUACUAAAUAAACCUUUUCCAUCCAAAUUGCAUAUCCCUCAACAAAAUCAUAAACCACUACUGAUCACAACCAUAUCCCCAUGA